UGCAGCAUAUCGUCAACGUCGUCAUCUUAACAGACACCUUUGCGACUCUCACCUUCAGUGCAUGUUGUACUUCUCCCUCAAGACAUCCCGCCUCCUGCCGCAACCGGCUCGUCCUGCUCAGCGCAUCGGCUGAUUGUUCUCCGCGUCAGACGCCAGAAUGGGCCUCACCCAAGACCAGAUCAACAUCGUCAAGUCGACGGCACCCGUGCUCAAGGUGCACGGCGAGACCAUCACGGCGCUCUUCUACAAAGACAUGAUCGACACUCACCCAGAGUUGAAGAACAUCUUCAGCCUCCGCAACCAGGCCUCGGGCGAGCAGCCCCGGGCACUUGCCCAGUCUGUCCUCGCCUACGCCACCUACAUCGACGACCUGCCCAAGCUCAAGGCCGCCGUGGAGCGCAUCGCCCACAAGCAUGCCUCUCUGUACGUCCGCCCCGAGCAGUACGACAUCGUCGGUACCCACCUCAUCAAGGCCAUUGGUGAAGUCCUAGGCGACGCCCUCACUCCCGAGAUCGCCGAGGCUUGGACCGCGGCCUACGCCCAGCUCGCUCAGGUCUUUGUCGGUCGCGAGAGUGAAAUGUACCGCGAGGCCGAUCCCUGGACCGACUGGCGCAAGUUCAGCAUCAUCCGUCGCAUCAACGAAUCCGAUUCCGUUACCAGCUUCUACCUCGCUCCCUCGGACGGUAAACUGCCUCUGCCAAAGUACUUGCCCGGCCAGUACAUCUCCGUCCGAGUUCCCGUGCCACAGCUGGGCGGCAUUACCCAGCCGAGGCAAUAUAGUCUCAGCGAUGCCGUCUCCAGGGGCGAUUACUACCGUAUCAGCGUCAAGCGCGAGGCGACAGUCGUCAACGCGCCACAGGACGACACUAACAAGGGUCUGGUGCCCAGUCUAGUCUCCAACCUGCUGCACGACAGCUACCAGGCCGGCGACGAGGUCGAGGUGUCUCACCCGCAGGGUGAUUUCUUCCUCGACACGGCACAGGCUGACAAGGCGGAUGUCCCGCUGGUGCUGCUCUCGGCAGGCGUCGGCGCAACCCCGCUCAUGUCCAUCCUCAACACGGUACUGGGCCCCGAGUCCAAGACGCCAAACCGGCCGGUUAAGUGGGUACACGCGGCGCGUAACAGCGGCAGUCUGGUUUUUGCCAAGCACAUCCGAAACCUCACCCGCGAGCGGGAAAAUGUCAGUGCGCACAUCUUUCUGAACGAGGUCAAGCCAGGCGACCAGAAAGGACAGGAAUACGACUUCGAGCAGCACCUCGACCUGACGAGACUGCCUCAGGAGGACCUCGGCCUUGCCGACAAUAGAACCGAGUAUUAUGUCUGUGGGCCCAGAGAUUGGAUGCUCAAGGUGAGACUGGUGCUCGAGGGCAUGGGUAUUGAGAGGGGGAGAGUGAAACUGGAGCUGUUCGCGACUGGUGACGUCGAGCAGUGAUGAGCGACCGAGAUUCGAAGGUUGGAUCGGACGACAGUAUGGUCAGAAAAGAAUCAAUGGUAGGGAUCUUGCGAAAAAGAUGACACAGCGGGGUGGCAGUCUGGAAAUCGGGGGGGGUUUUUUUUUCUCGUGUUUCUCUUGGUCUUUUCUUCUUUUUAGUUGACCGCGUGUCUCGCUUGAUUCGAACAGAUAGAAAGAUACCUCUCAGAAAUUCUCCGUUUGUUUUAUCCGAGGGGGAAAUUUUUU